AUGGUACGACAUCCAUACACAAAGCAUGAGAAAGAAUCGCUGGCAUUAUAUCUUGCAAGAAAUGGGAAAGACAAUAGGAGCGGCAAUAAUCUGUAUAAGGAAUUAGUUGAAGAUCCAAAUAUCUCAUGGGCCGGCAACCACACUUGGCAGAGUUGGCGCGAGCAAUAUGUUAAGCACACGGCUUAUUACAACAGUUUGAUCGCACACUUUGAAAGAAGUAAUAAUAUACCAAGUCAGUCCCAGUCUGACAGUUGGCCAUCUGGCAGUAUACACAAUGAUCUCAACGUACGGGAACAACGAGAGUCGCACGGAACUCGGGAGCCUUCAUCUAGUUCCUAUAGAGCUGAAAGCAUCAACCGCUCUAAAAGGCCACGCGAUGAAGAACAAGCCAUGUACAAGAGACAGAGACUUUCUCAUGUGGGCUCUGCAACUCCUAGUCGCUCACAACAGCCUUUGAACGGUCAGCAGGAUCAUAGUCGUCGCUUAUCGUUCGCCCGUGAUUCGCAGACUCCACUAGAAGAUGACGAGAAUCCUGUGUUGGAACUUCUUCCUAAGCACAUGCGCAAACAGCUGACGGUUGAUCAACGUGGGCUGCUCCUUAGCACCAUCGUUGAAAUGGACAAUACCGACACAAGCGUUCUGAAGGAAGCUUCGAAGCGUAUGCAUGACGCUUUCGAUCCAAGUGAGCUGGGCAGUUUUCUCUACUACGAAGGCGCCAAGCAUGCCAAAAAGAUGUUCGAGAAGGAGCUCAGAGAGAAACACGCUAAGCGUAUAAAAGUUGAACAAGAUAGGGUUAGGAGUCUUUCAGAGAAUGAGAGUGAGAAUCAGGGUGACGAUGAAAUGAAUCAAGAUAAUGCAAUCAACAACCACAGACAUAGCUCAGCUCCUGCCCGACACGGUCAGCGAACAAGGCUUGAAUCUGUGCCCGUGCAUACUUUUCAUCGCAGCCAUGAAAGCGAAAAGGAGGAAGGGGAGAUUGAUAAUGAUGAAGAUAUGGACCAGUUCGAUACCAUUAGGGCUCGCAGACAACGCUCAGAGCCUUACCUCAAUCCUAAGCAAAGGGCAGCGCGUGAUGAGUCCUCUGGGUCUCCUACUGCUACAAAUGAAGUAAAACAUGAAAGGGCUAGAAGUCUUUUCGGGAAUAAGAGGGAAAGAGAUUACGAACUGGCUCACAUACGUCUUCCGACUACCUCCACAAAACGUGUCUAUGUUCAAAAGCCGAGAUCGCACGAGAAAAAUAUCCUUGAAAGUGACAAAGAGGAAGAAGACAUUGAUGAAGACGAAGUCGAAAACAAAGAGGACGGUAUAGGUGAUGAUGAGAAAGAAGAGGACGAGAUUGAGGAUUUCGUGGGCGCCAAGAGUCGCAUUGAGGAUAAGAACGAUUCUUUGGAGGGUGGCAGUCAGAAUCAUACAAGCGAUACAAACAGACUUCGCUCAGAGAUUAUUAAAGAGCAUGACAUACCGCCUGCUUUGAGGUUUGAGAAUAGCUCCAGACUGCUUAUGGGUCAAACAAGUGACUCUGAAAUUGAGGAGGAACCCAGUGUAAGUAGAAUCAAGAGUGCAAUAAAGGUGAAGCCGUCGCAAACACCUCGACGAGUUUAUCAAGAUGAAGUUACAAAUCGACCAAAUAGUGCAACUCAAUUCAAAAGUUUUAAACGAUCAACACGAUCAAGCAGCUCAAACAUUGCCAGUCCAAGUACAAGCUCAAGCAGGAAACCAACUUCUACAAUAAAUGUAAACGAGAUAAGUCUCGUCGAUGAAGACACGUCAAGAGCGAAGAUGCAUGCCUCGAAACGCCCUGGUCAUGUUCAAAAGUUCAAUGAAACUGAGGACAAUAUUAUACUAACAUGGCUGAGGCAUCAUCCAAAUAGAAAACAUGGUAUCUGGCGCAAAUUGGCAAAUAGAACGCCUUGGCGACCAAGUGAAAAAUCAUGGGCGGACAGAUAUAGGUCUCGACCAGAGUAUUUUUCUAAACUAAUAUAUGAACGGCCUGAAUACGAUCUAGAAGAUCUCGGUGUCCUUAACUUUGAAAAAUGGGACUCAGAUGGUGUUUUAGUAAGGGAUUCAAAUGGCAAUGUAGUAAACGGACGCGAAAGCGAAGAAGAUUCUCAAGGUAACGAUCAGAAACAAGAUCGUGAAGUGCAAUUAGACGAGUCGUCCCUUUUGGCUUCUGAUGUCGAAUUCCCUGAUUCUUCAUUUGAUGCAGGUAUAUUCAAUGAGAAGCGAAAGAGUAGACCAGAUAUCGCGGUGGAAAACGAUGCUAAGACAAGGAGGUCUAUCGUUGAGGAGAAAAAGCGUAAUCAGUGGGAAGCAGAGAAGCUGUUGGAAAAGCAGCUAAGCCAGAAACUUGAACAGAAUAAGAAGCCAAAGAGUGUAAGUAAUGAAUCAGAGAGUAAUGUGGAUGAGUUGGCAGAAAAAGAAAGUGAUGUGGAUGAAGAAAGAGCUCAAACACCCACGCAUAGCACGCAGAAGCUUGUCCAGUAUGAAACCGCACUUCGAGAAACUGAGUAUAACAUUUCGGACGAAGGUAGUGGAUUGGAGGAGGACACUAAUGAGAUGGAAGAAAUCAACGAGAAGGAAGUCAACAACGAUAACGCUGUUGAGAACGUACAGAUUGACACCGUUGUUGAGGACAACAGAGCUGAGGACGACGAUGAUGACCAGGACAGGGAACAGACUGGCCAACCUCAGGGAGAUGAAAGUGACUGGGAAGCAUACUUGUGGAAAUUAACAGAACAGUUCGACGUGGCACACGAAUACGUGUCUAAUUUAAUGGAGAAACAUAAUUGCAACUACAAAAAGGUGGAAAAGAAGUUACGACGAAAACAUAAGAAGCGUAAUAAACAAAAGAGAUGA